UAAAUGGAGACGGAAAUGGGGACUGAACUCACGCCGCGAGUCAUCUCAUUAAUCGCGCGCGUGAGGAAUCUGGUGCGUGUCAAGUGCGCGCGGCAGAAUUGCACGAGAUCAUAUUAAAAACACACACACACAUGAUCAGUUUUCAGUCCUUGAACGAGGACUGCACCCUGGAGGAGGAAGGGUUGGUAGAGGAAGAAGAUGAUAUUGACCAGUUCAACGAUGACACUUUCGGUGCAGGGGCAAUUGAUGAUGAUUGGCAGGAGCAGCAUGCCCGCCUCGCAGAACUUGACGAACUCGUGCGAGACGACCCAGAGGAAUCCGGAGAUGCCGCCUCCACUGGCAGCACUGCCCACACUUCAGCCCUUCCUCCACCUGCCUCUUCCUCCUGCCUUUACUCUGAUAUAGAUGAGCGGGAGGGAGGUGACCUAGCAGAGUCACUGACUCGCCUCAUCCUGGGCUCGGAUCCCGCCAUUGCUGUUGUGGGCACUGCCAGCUCGAAUAAAUCUCACCUCCCUCCAAUGCUGUCCAGCCAGACUCAUCCGUCUGCAUUAGCAAGUCAGUCUUCUCUACUGUUGAGCUACCAAAGACAGCAGAAGCUCCUGCACAGGGGGUCGGCUUCUCUCUCACAGAUAAACUCUCACAGUAUUUGGGAGAAUAAUAUGGGCUUCAGUCCUGUUAGUGUUAACUCUGGACUGGUCAAUCAAACAGAGGACAGUCCACUUAUGUCCAUUAUCAAAGAGGUUGGGCUUCCAAAGCGGCCUCCUGCGCUCGGCAGAGAGGAGGGACAAGAUUUCUCCGAAAGGGUUCCUCCACCUCGAUCCAGCUCACCUGUGAUUGGAAGUCCACCUGUAAGGGCUGUGCCUAUUGGAACCCCACCAAAACAACCCAUGAGUCAAGUCUACAAUCAUCAGCACAAUCACCCUUCAGCAGUUCACGUGAGAGCGUCCAUGCCGCUUCGCUACCCUCCUCCCUUCCCUGAGCGUCUGUCCCCUAAUGAUCUCCUAAGCAUCGCUAACUCACAGUUGUCUCAUUCUCCAUUUCCUGCUGGUGUCGGUCCUGUUCUCUCUCAGAUACAGAGAGCACAACUGCUCAACGCUCAGUUCCAGCGCGGUCCUGGUCCAUUAUUACAGGGAGGUGUUGGGGGUUUUAGACCAUUCUUUGGACAGUCUGGCCCUAGAGUGAGUCUCCACGGCCCACCUCUCAGCCAUGCACCUAUCCGACAUAACACCACCCACCUCCACCCUCAGCACCGCAGGAUGCUCAACCAGAGGAUGCAGAGCAGGGGCUCAGUAGAUCACGUCGGAGGGAGAGGUGUUGGGGAAAGGAAAAACAGAGACCCAUACAGUAAUCUGAUGACUGAAAGAGAGAAAGAAUGGGUAGCUCGAAUCCAAAUGAUGCAGCUUCAAAGCACCGAUCCUUACCUGGAUGACUACUAUUACCAGAAUUACUAUGAGAAGAUGGAGAAGCGUCAGGAACGGGACAGAGACAACAGAAAGGAGCACACCACCAAACUCAUCACUCCUCAGGUGGCCAAACUGGAACACACCUAUCGCCCAGUGCAAUUUGCUGGCUCGUUAGGAAAACUCACUGUGUCCAGUGUGAACAAUCCAAGGAAAAUGAUUGAUGCUGUGGUGACCACUCGCAGUGACGAUGAGGAGAAACGUGAGAAACAGGUGUGGAAUAAAAGGCGGCAAAUCCUUUACACUGUGGAGAAGAUGUACAGUCUACUGCUAGAAGUGCAAGAUUUUGAGAAGAAGUUCUUGCAGACCCCUGAGCACCAAAGAGAUGCCCUGCUAGAACAACAUAAAACCAACACACUGCAACUCUACAACUCCCUCAGAGAAAAAGAGUGGGACGACCGAGUGAGUGAUGAGCAGUGUUUAAUGAUCAUGUCUGUGCGUAAGGGCAAACGUCUCAUCUCCAGACUCCUCCCCUUAUUGUCACAGCCCCAGGCUGCUGCUGUUGUCAUGGCAAUAGCUAAGAAUCUUCCAGCCUUGGCCAAGAAAGACAAGCAUGACCAGGUACUGUGUUGGUUGGUGGAACCAGUCACGGUGGUAAUCCAGUCCAUGUCGAGUACCUCGCUCACUGAUCUCCUUCAGGAGCUGCAAAGCAGUGAAGGACAGCUUCCCCGUGUGCUGCAAAAUAAGUUUGGUGUGACGCUGCUGUAUCUGAUUCUGAGUGAGGGAGAGAGAAUGCAGAGCUCUGAUCCCAACUGUCAGCUGAUGGAUGACAACCGAUGGACCGAGUUGGUGUUCUCUGUUACGAGGGAGCUUUUGAAGGUCCCGUCUUCUGCUCUCUCGUCUCCUAUGUUCACUCCUCCAAACCUAGUCUCACUGUUCUCUCGAUACGUGGACCGGCAAAGACUCGAACUCCUGCAGGAGAAGUUACAGAUCACAGACUUGUCCAGGUAGAAGUUACUUCACCCGUCGCAGUCAGAGAGAGACUGACCGUUAAUGUAUAUGUGAAUGAGCAGUUUUUAGUGUGGACAUGUAUUGGAGGGUCAAGAAUGGUCCUGCAGAACAUUGUCACAUGUCCUUUCCUGUUAUAAGAGUUUCGAUUAAUAAGAAUCAUGUUUAAAUGGCAAUGAAGCUGUUGUCAGUAGGUUUGUCGAUAUAGGCGAUCAGGUAUAUGUAUUUUAGCUUCCAUUAGGUUCAACUGUGAGCAGAGAAAGAAGGGGCCUUUCCCAGCGAAACAGCACAAUCAUGAGAACAUCAGACCUUAUUUAUAGACACGUUGAUUUGAUACAUUUGCUGUACAUUAAUAUCUUAAUUUUCUUAUACAGUGCAGCUUGGGGUAUGUUUGUGAAAGAGUGAUUGUGUGUGUUUGUGCGUUUAAAUGAAGGUUUAAACAAAGUUAAUCUUU